AACUUCUCUUUUUAGAAGAAGAUAGUUUGAGAUGACGAAAGGUUUUCGAAGGGUUGGUGUGUUUUUAAAUUAAAAGUCAGUAUUUUCAACUAUGAACAUAAAAUACUUUUUUCUCUGUAUAUCCAUUUUCCUCACUACAAUAAAUGCAUUACCAGAUGAAGGUAGAUGGAAUUAUAAUUUGACAACACAUAAUGGCAGCAUAUAUCUAUCCAAGAGUUUGUAUAAAAACUCCGAAGUAUUCAUACAGAUAAACUGUGAUUCAAAAAUUCCUGAGUCGAAAGUUGGUAUAAACCUUGCCAUAGUACAAUCUGCUUGUUGGGAUAUUACUGAGGCAUAUGCAAUCAUACAAAAAGAAUUGCAAGCAACUUCAGGAUUUUCAAAUACUCCCAAAAUAUACCACGAAAAUGAAAUAUAUCAAUGCAAUGAUAAUAUCUUCAUCAGACAAAGUGAACCUUCAUCCGAUAACUCUCUGGAAAGAAUAUCCAGCGAAAAUCCCAUUCACACCAUAUUGCACGAUGGUGUCUAUGUCUUGGGAUUGGUGACGAACAUAAAUUCAACAGAUAGUAGCAUCGGUGUGCAAAUCAAAAUGAAAAGUGAUUACGGAUACCUGUCAGCUGCAGAUUGGCCCCUUCUGCCAUUCUAUGGUUUUAUGUGUAUUUAUUAUGUAAUCUUGGGUUUGAUAUGGCUGUUCCUCUCUUUCCUGCAGUGGCGAGAUUUAUUGAGGGUCCAAUUUUGGAUUGGCGGAGUGAUACUACUCGGUAUGCUCGAAAAAGCAACAUUUUACGCAGAAUAUCAAAGCAUAAACAAUACUGGUGUUCGGGUACAGGGAGCAAUGAUUGUUGCUGAAUGGGUAUCCUGUGCCAAAAGAACCUUGGCAAGAAUGCUGGUGGUUAUAGUGAGCCUUGGGUUUGGAAUUGUGAAACCUAGGUUGGGAGCCACUUUGCAUAGAGUAGUAGGUGUUGGGCUUUUGUAUCUAUUUCUAGCUGCUUCGGAAGCCUACUUGAGGAUAACCAGGGCAAAGAACGAUCCUAGCAGGGACAUACUAGUUGCUUCAGUCCCCUUGGCAGUUCUAGACUCUGCAAUAUGCUGGUGGAUCUUUUCAGCCCUAGUCAAUACAACAAGAACCCUAAGAUUGAGGCGAAACGAAACAAAACUCAAUCUCUACAGGCAUUUUACAAACACCCUGAUUUUUUCUGUAGCGGCUUCAGUGUUUUUCAUGCUAUACUGCAUCAAAGUUCACCAUUUUGUUGACUGUUUGGUAGUUUGGAAAGACAUCUGGAUAGAGGAAGCUUACUGGCACAUUCUCUUCUCUUUGCUCUUGCUGGUGAUAAUGAUUUUGUGGAGGCCAACUAAUAACAAUCAGAGAUACGCUUUUGUUCCGUUGCUUGAUACUGGAGACGAUGAGGAAGAAGAACAGCUCGUGAACGACGCUUACGGGGUGAAGGUCAGGGUUCAUCACGUUAGAAAUUCAACCCCUCCGAGGGUAACGAUUGAAGACGAUAUCAAAUGGUUGGAAGAGAACGUCAAAAACGAUCCUGCCCUCCCAAUAUUAGAUUCAGAUGAGGAAUUAGUUAGUACACGUUUUGAGGUUUCAAAAAUGCAAUAAAACUUAAAGUUAUCUUAAAUUUAUUUUCUCACAUUGCCUAUCUUUUGUGAUCCAGAGAAAAAAAUUGAAUGUUCUUACUGGAGUUCAAAAGAUGAAGACUGAUUUUUUGAAAACACUUUUUGAGGAAGAUGAAGAUUUUCAAAAGAACUCUCACAAGAAAUGGAAGGUAUUAGAAAAAAGUGAUAUAUUGUCUUGACCGAUUAGAAAAGAAUGUGUCAUAAGUCUUGGGUUUUGCCAUGAAGAAAACAGGUCUAUAAAUGACUUGAAUGCUUAGUUAUGAUGUAUUGUCUUGUGAAAAUUUCAAAUGGUGUCUGUUAAAUAUUUAUAGCUAAUUGGCAACAAAACUUGAUGAAAAUAUGUCAGAGCUUGCAUACACUUUUGAGAAAACAAAUAGGAAUCUAUCGUGAGUACACCCAACAGCCCAAACAUCAUUGAAUUCUUGUGGGUUUAGUUUGACUACAUUGCCAAAUUACAUGAUUACUGAGAUAUUAAUGUAAGGUGUACAACUCAAGUUGUUACAUUAAUGAAUGUCUGGCAUUUUGUUAUACGCUCUAUUUGAAUGCAAUUAUUUUUCACGAUAUAGAGGGUUUUGUUCCACCUCUUUUGUUUUAUAAUAUAUUAUUCUGGUUUCAAUGUCUAGUUGAUAGAUUGUCUUCCAGAAAAUAUGUUAAUAUCCAUAUAUUGUUGCUUUUUCAUAAUUAUGUGUAGUUUUGCAGACAUAGUUAUUUUAAUGUUCAAUGUGAUGUACUAGUCAACCUCCGUCGAAUCAAUAUUUUUACAUACACUGGAGAAUAAUACAGCGUGAUAGUGAUUCAGAAUUCAUUUAGCACGUGCCGGAACUGCGAAAUAAUUUUUCUUCGUCCUCUAUUCAGCUCCCAGUUUGGGAAAUUGUCAAUUUGCAUCUGUCAAAUUAAUUUCACUACUAUAUUUCUUGAACUUCAGGUUUCCUAGAUUCCUCAAUAAACUUCACAUACUGUGUUUUGGAAUGGAGCCGAAUUGAAUAUGCAGGUAAUAAAGCCAAUUUUUUGUAAAAUGCACCAGAAAUUAACAUUAUCAAGAUCUUCUUGUUAUUGUUUUGUAACUUGAAUAAUUUAGGACCAUCAACGACUAAUAACUGACUGAUGAUUUCAGACUUACUGAUUCACAAGUUUUAGAUAUUUAAAUCCAAAUUUUCACUCAGUAAGGUCAGAAAACUUCAAAUCUUGGAAAGGGAUGGAUUAAUAGAUCAACAAGAUGUGAUUUAAUUGAUAAUCCUAAUCAUUAGGAUCAUCAAUAUUCAGCCUAGGAUACGAGGAUAAAAAUUGAGGAUCAGAUCAUAUUCAAAUAUAUUUGAAUAUGUAUAUAUUUAUUUUUUUGAUUAUGGAUUAUGCCAACUUGAUUAGCAAAAUAUUACUUGAAAAGAGUAUUUUGCAAAUCUGAUAUUUUAAAAAAAUCAUUAUUGAUUUUGUGUUUGACACCUACCCCGCUCGUGAUUUUUUUUUUAUUCCUUCUGAUAGGUAGAACCUUUUUUCAAAACCAUUUAAGAUAGAUAUAGAAUUCAACUAUAAAACAAAAUAUUUGUAGGUCUUUUAAUUGUUUCUAUAAAAUUACAGCCAGAUCCAGUGAUAUAUCAAGGAGGUUUAUUUUUAUUAGUACUUACUCGGGUAUGUUAUUUUAAUUUAUGGAGUUGUUACUUGAAUGAUAGCUUUAAUAGCACAACUAGAACAAUAUUAUAAUUCAACUUAUUGAUAGGAAUGCAUUGUAUAUAUUUAUAAUCUGAAUUUAGCUUUAUUUUGAACACAUUCGUGUAUAAAAAUUGUAAAUUGUAUAUUAUUCAUUAAAAAUUCCUGAAAGGAU